AUGGAUGUGAAUCAAUCCUCCACAAAGAUUAAAUCUGAGAUUUUAGAUGAUUUAACUCUCAGAUUUAUUCUAAACAAUGAAGAAUUCAUUCACUUAGACCCAGAAGAAUACUACUUUAUUCUAGAACAGGCAUAUUGGUAUGCCUUGGAUUUCUUCAAAAUCAAAUUUAUAACACUUCCUGUAUUUGCCGAGCAAAUUUUUGUACACAAUGACAUUUCAAUAGACUCUCUCUCAGACUACCUGAAAUUUAAGAAGUAUAAGCAAUCUGUUAAGGUAUUUGGGACCAUUCUGUUCUCUCCUGAUAUGACACAUGUUCUUGUCGUUAAGCAAGGCAAUAACAACAAUAAUAUAACAUUUCCAAAGGGAAAAAAGAUAAAAAAUGAAAAUGGAAUGGAGUGUGCUAUUAGAGAAACAUUUGAAGAAGUGGGCUACGACGUCACAGACAAGAUUGUAGAUAUUUCUGUGACUGUGUUUGAUAAAAUCACUUUUUAUUGUGCAUUUAACGUUGAUAUGAAAUAUCCAUUUAAAACUAAUACGAGAAACGAAAUUUCAAAGAUUUUCUGGUUUGAUUUGAGAAAAUUUAAUGAUAUUAAAGACAAAAAAGAGUAUAAAAUAUUUUACAUUGCGUAUAAAGCAAUACAAAGCAAAGUUUUGGAAAUUAAGAAAUCAUUGUUUAAAUUUGAUUUGAAGAAACUUAGUUCUGAAAUCGAUAAAGCGAUGGAAAAAGUAUGA